AUGGGGAGGUGUGCGCGCGCUCUCUCUCUCUCUCCCCCUCCCCCCAGGCAGCCAGGAACAGCCAUGUCCGUGCAAGUGGCAGCGCCAGGAGGCACGGCGCCACUGGGCCAAGGCCCAGAACGCUUGAACCCGGAGGACCUGGUGCGGCAGACGAGGCAGGUGGUGCAGGGGCUGGAGGCCCUGCGGGCGGAGCACCACAGUCUGGCUGGGCAUCUGGCGGAGGCCCUGGCUGGAUCAGGCCCUGUGGAGCUGCUGGAAGAAAAACAACAGGUGGUGAGCCACUCGCUGGAGGCCAUUGAGCUGGGGCUGGGAGAAGCCCAGGUGCUGCUGGCCCUGUCCGCACACGUGGGGGUGCUGGAGGCUGAGAAGCAGAGGCUGCGGGCUCAGGCAAGGAGGCUGGCCCAGGAGAACACGUGGCUGCGGGAGGAGCUGGAGGAGACUCAGCGGAGGCUGCGGGCCAGUGAGGAGGCCGUGGCCCAGCUCGAAGAGGAAAAUAACCACUUGCAGUUCUUGGGCCAGCUGCGGCAGUAUGACCCACCUGAGGAGACCCAGAGGCCUGAAUCGCCCCCUCGCCGAGACAGCCUAGCGUCCCUGUUCCCCAGCGACGAGGAGAGGAAAGGUCCGGAGGCAGCAGGAGCCGCCGCGGCUCAGCAGGGCGGAUACGAGAUCCCAGCUCGUCUUCGGACCCUGCACAAUCUGGUGAUCCAGUAUGCCGGCCAGGGCCGCUACGAGGUGGCCGUGCCUCUGUGUCGUCAGGCCUUGGAGGACCUGGAGCGGAGCUCGGGCCACUGCCACCCCGAUGUGGCCACCAUGCUUAACAUCCUGGCACUGGUGUACCGCGACCAGAACAAAUACAAGGAGGCCACAGAGCUGCUGCACGAUGCCCUGCAGAUCCGCGAGCAGACACUGGGCCCCGAGCACCCUGCAGUAGCUGCCACUCUCAACAACCUGGCUGUCCUCUACGGGAAGCGGGGGCGCUACCGGGAAGCAGAGCCCCUGUGUCAGCGCGCCCUGGACAUCCGAGAGAAGGUCUUGGGUGCUGAUCACCCCGAUGUGGCCAAGCAGCUCAACAACCUAGCCCUGCUUUGCCAGAACCAGGGCAAGUUUGAGGAUGUGGAGAGGCACUACGCCCGGGCCCUGAGCAUCUACGAGGCUCUGGGGGGGCCCCAUGAUCCCAACGUGGCCAAGACCAAGAACAACCUGGCCUCGGCCUACUUAAAGCAGAACAAGUUCGAGCAGGCGGAGGAGCUGUACCGAGACAUCCUCAGCAGGGAGGCCCUGCCCGCCCCGCUCGGAGCCCCCAGCAAAGGCCCGACUGGGGACGCAGAGCAGCAGGUCCUGCGGCGGAGCAGCUCCUUCUCCAAGCUCCGGGAGUCCAUCCGGCGGGGAAGUGAGAGGCUGGUGUCCAGGCUCAGAGGCGAGGGUGUGGCGGGCACAGCAGGGAUGAAGAGGGCCAUGUCACUCAAUGUGCUGAAUAUGGAUGGUCCCAGAGCUGCUGGGACUCAGCUCCAGCUCCGGCACCUGAUCGAGGCUCCCCGGACCCUCAGCACCAGCACCCAGGACCUGAGCCCACGAUAAGACGGACUGGCUGAAGGCCGCACUUCUCAGGACGGGGGAGGGGCAGCCAGGUGGGUUGCUCACUCCCUGCCUGGGGCACCUGUGGACCAGGACCCCCCUGCUUUGUUGUGAUUAAAGGCUGUAGACUGGCAA